AAGAGUUUUAUUAUAGACACGCGUCCCAUCGGCCAGACCUUGUGGCACCAUGUCGAAAACAGCAUCGAAUGCGUCUUGAGUCAUCCCAACAGCUGGGAGGGCGCCCAGCAGACGAAGAUGCGACGCGCCGCCGCACAUGGCGGUUUAAUUGCGAUACAGACGAAGAUCGCGCGGGGGUCCGUUUCGUCACUGAAGGAGAAGCCAGUCUUCACGCAUGUGUCCAGAGAGGUCUCGCGGCCGAUGUUCUUUCCGUGUGCAUUCCGACAUAUCAGGACAUAUCCCAUACAUGAACUUGUAGAUCAUAAGCAGGUGAAUGGAAUACAGUAUGUGCUGGAG